AUGCAGUCUCCAUGUGAAAGCGCUCCUUGUAAGAACGGAGGUGUCUGUGUUCCUGAAUAUGAAAGGAACUCCUAUCAUUGUGAAUGUAAGCCUGGAUUUUGCGGAACUCACUGCAAACGUGGAGGAAAUCGAACUUGCAGUGACAUCAAAUACUGCAAUCCUGAGGCUAAAAGUGGCUCUUAUGUCAUCGACCCUGAUGGAGAGGGCGGAGUGAAACCAUUUAAAGUCUUCUGUAACAUGACUGACAAAGGCGGGAUAGGAGUAACAGUUGUCAGUCACGACAGUGAAAACAGAACACAGGUGAAUGGGUAUGAAGACCCUGGUAGUUAUUGGCGCAAUGUUACUUAUGAUGAAGCCAGUCUAAUUCAGCUAGCAAGCUUAACAGCUUCAUCUUUUCACUGUGAGCAGUUUAUUAAAUACGAGUGCUAUAAUUCAAGGCUCCUUCUAAAUGGUAGCAUGUUCGGCUGGUGGGUAUCACGUGAUGACGAGAAUAUGACUUACUGGGGUGGAGUCAAUUCUGUUCCCUUUAAAUGUGCAUGCGGUUUGAAUAACACGUGCGCGGACAGAAGUUACGGCUGCAACUGCGAUAAGAACGAUUGGAAAUGGCGAGAGGACAGCGGUUUACUAACAGACAAGUGCAAGCUUCCCGUGAUUCAAAUGAGGUUUGGAGAUACUGGUCCCUCGAGCAAUAACAAAGAAGAAGGAUAUCACACGCUUGGAAAACUGGAGUGUUAUGGACUUACUUACUGAGAACUCACUAAGACUGUAUGUUGAACAUUAAAAAUAUUACUUGAAGACUUAUUCUUUUUCUCAGAUCUGAAUUAAAAUGGAGGUCCAUGAUAGUCAAGAGAAAUGUAAUGAAUUGGUAAUUUGAUUGUAGUGAAGUGAGAAAAAUGGAGAAAUUCAAGAUGUGUGACUAAAAGUAUUUGAAAAAAAUUUUAGCCGAAUGUCACACUCAGUGUUGGACCACUCAAGUGUUUUGGACUCAUUAAUACUCAAAAAAGGGUCAUUAACUUUAAGUAGUUGCUAUAGUGAUACUUGUGUGUCAAAACUCAUUUGUUUUUAAUUAACAUUACCCUUUUACCGCGUUUGAGAAUUUCAAGAGACGUUAAAGCUGUUGCCUGCGGUGAAAAAUCUGCCAUCAUUUAACAAAACUCAUACAUGCUUCUAAUUAGUUGGAAUAUGUCUUUGAUGUAAUUUGAUGAUGACACAAUUUGUUAACCAAAGCAAAGGGGAAACGACCAAGCUGGAAGUUAGUCUGCCAAGGAAAACUUAAAUUAAAGAUUCUAAGGACGUCAAGUUGCAAAC